AUGUUGUUAACAGGUCCCUGUGACAAAGGUGAAAAGAUGCUAAAGAUGUGGUAUUCUUUCCUGCUGUGUUUGCUGUCCUUACAGCUUGAAGCUAAUCCUGGUCUCAAAGUGAGGAUUACUCAGAAAGGGCUCGACUACGGCAGAAGGAUUGGGGUGGAACUCCUGAAGCAAGCAAUACUGAAAGAGACCUUCCCAAGCUGGAGUGGGCAGGAGAGUUUCUCAUUUGUUAAGGUCAACUACAAAAUCUCAGGGCUCAGAAUUAAUGCUGUAGAUUUCCCAGAAACUUCUGCAUCUUUUAUUCCUGGCACUGGCAUUAGUCUGUCAGUGGCACGUGCUUCUGCUACUAUCAGUGCAGACUGGAGAAUGAAAGCAUGGCUUCUCAGAGACCAAGGAGGAAUUACUGUGUCCCUUUCAGGACUGUUUAUGGCAGUUGUUUUUGAAGUGUCACGGGAUAGCACAGGACACUUGUCCAUGUUGCUACACAAUUGCCAACUGAUCAUUAAUAGCGUAAAAGUCAAGUUAAAUGGAGGAUCUAGCUGGAUCUAUAACUUCCUAUCUGGUUAUCUGGAGAAGCCCAUUCAGACCAAACUGGAUGAAAAUUUGUGCCUAAAUAUCAAAUACAAAAUCCAAAUGAUGGAUGCACAGCUUAGAAAGCUUAAAGUCUUAAGCCAGAUUGAUGCCUUUGCACAAAUAGACUGUUCUCUAGUUAGUUCUCCAGCAGUCUUCAAAUCACACAUUAACCUGGAUUUGAAGGGCACAGUCUAUCCAGUAGGAAAUCACACAGACCCUCCCUUCAUGCCAGCUCCAUUUACUCUCCCAAGCCAGGGUGAUUCCAUGCUCUACCUGGGAGUCUCCAAUUAUUUUCUUAAAUCUGCUUCACUGGCUUACUAUAGAGCAGGGAUCUUCAACAUCACCAUCUCCCUCUCUCAAGAGCUUGCUACUUCUUUUAACCUAACUACAGGCAUAUUCAAUGAUUUUGUUCCUCAGAUUGCUGUGUAUUACAUAACAGCACAUCCAGUGCUGUUGAAGCUGAUGGCUACAUCACCACCUGUGGUCAGUUUACAGGCAGAUGGAUGCAGCCUACAGAUCACUGGCUGUGUGGAUGUAUUUGCUGUUCUGCCAAAUUCAACCAUUCAGUACAUCUUUACAGGAAACCUAACAGCCAGUACCAGAGUGAAUCUGACAGUAAUUAAAGAGAAGUUGAUUAUCUCAUUACUUCUGAAGAGGCUCCAGUUCUCCCUGCUGCACUCCAUUGCUAGCUUCUCUGAGCAGGUCUCACUGGUGGAAAAUUUUCUGUUUUAUGCUUUACGGAGUGUAGCGAUCCCAGUAAUCAAUGAUAAACUAGGAAAAGGAUUUCCUCUUCCUAACUUGGCCCAUACUGUUCUCAUCAGACCUGUAAUAAAAGUGAAUCAGGGCCAUCUGGUGAUUUCCACUGAUGUCCACUACAAACAAAAGUGA